UAUUGAGUCCAGAAGUUUGUACAUCACAAAAAUGACAGGAAAAAAAGAGGCACAUACAAAGGGUGCGACAGACGUACCAAAGUCUUUACAGAAACCGAAAGUGAGUUUUGGUCUCCGAUUUUCCGACAUUUGGCAAAAUCCGGAGCUUGUAUUAACCAACAUGGCGACCUCCUGGUGGUCAAAAGCCGGUUCGGUUAUCCCCGAGUUUGUUUUGGGAAAAUUUCCUUUCGUUCAGAUGAUCACGCUACUAAUGCUGCUCGCCGAGAGGGCAUUGAAGAUGGAGAAAUACCCUCCAAUGCAUCCUUACAUCAUCUACGCAGUGUGUGGCCUAUGUCUCCUGUCUGGGAUGAUGAUGUCAGCAAAGAUUAGAGUGAAAUAUGCAUCUUUGUUGUAUUGCCUUGUGCUCAUCUACCUGUCUGCUAAUGCUUACUUCAACACACAGUUCAACUACUCAAGACAUGUGCGAAACCGAAUAAGUAGUCGACAUCUAGGAUGUCUUGGAAUAUUCAUCUUGUAUGCCUUCAUAAAAAGUGACAGAACAUCCGCCCUGAUGCAACGCAUUGGAGAACUCUGUAUUGCUGUCUACCUCUGUGCUCAGGCCUACUUGUUCAAUGAAAGCUACGAAGACAAGAAAGCCAUUAUGGACUUGAUACCAGGAGGGAACUAUGCUCGUUACGCCCUCACACUUGUUUUUGCCUGCGCUGGUUUGUGCUUCAUUUCAGGAUAUUUUCUCAAAGACAUUUCUCUGGCAGUAACUUUUGUGCUUAUUGUCUUUAUGGUUCUUGUUGACAUAAAGUUUUCGUUCUGGACCUACAGGGGCAUGUCUUAUUGGAACCAGGCACGUUUGUUGGCUGAUAAUGUGAACUUAUUGUUUGGGUUUUUCCUCUGUGCGAACCACUAUGAGAACUUGAGCAAGGACGCUCGUGAUGCUGUCGAACAGGCUCAUGAAGAAGAGGAGGAGAGGGAAAAGCAGGAUUAAUUAUGGUCUAAGAAAAUCCCUGUUAAAUGUUGUAUGUAAUGGGCACCUAUUAAAUUUGCUGAAAAUGAGAGAAAAACUGAUUCUGUCAGGUAUUCUUUACUCUCAUGAGAGAAAAUCUUAACAUAAUUUGUGCUCAAUUGACAAAUUAAGAUCAAAUUCUUUAUUUGAAAUCCUUUGUUUGUAACUAACAGUUACAAAUUAAUCAUUUCAGUAAGAUGAGCCUGAUCAAAACAAUUCAGUAAAGAAAUACCUGAACAUGUAGCCAAAAUGACUGUAGAUUUUAUGAAUUUGAGGAUUUUACUUUUUAUGUCUUAAGGGGAUUUUUGAAUACAGGUCUUUUAGGAUUUUGUAAUAAGGUAAAAAAAGUAUCAAUUAUUAAAAGUUGUAUGUGAUAGUCAUACUUUUCGUAGUUGAACAACUGAUUUUAAAUUAUAAAAAUGUUGCAGGAACAUCAUUUUACCCUAUGUGAUACUUGCAAACUAAAAAAUUUAAUAAU